AGCAGUGCUGACAAUGCAGGCGACUUGGUGAAAGAUGAAGACUUCUCUGUCUCCUAGCUGCUUGAGAGGGCCAACAUUAACGUUGGGAAGGGCCGGAACGACCCCCUGGUGAUGUUCUGGGACAUCGCGGUGGACCCUGAGCUGAAGAACGUGGACCCGUGCACGGCGAGGGGCUGCCUGUGGCCCCGGGCCACCGACGGGAAGGUCUACGUCCCGUUCCGCAUCAGUAAUCAGUACUCGGAGAGAGAACGGAACACCAUCAUUCAAGGCCUGGCGUCGUUCGCCAGAUCCACCUGCAUCCGCUUCAUCCCCUUAGACUGCCAGAGAGACUUUGUGGACAUCCAGUACCUCUCAGGGUGCUUUUCCUUCGUGGGGCGCCGGGGGCAGGGCCAGGUGGUGUCACUCAGCCGCCAGGGGUGUGUCUUCCAGUCCAUCAUCCAGCACGAGCUGCUGCACGCCCUGGGCUUCAACCCGAGCAGACUAUUCGAGUUGUUUCCAAAGUCCUCCCAUCACUUCAAGAUCUCCGGCAUGCUGCUGGAGGGGUGGCGCCGGCCCUUGCACCAUCUCGCCAUCGCUGAUGACGUCUCGGGCUCUGACCGGAGAUGUAGGAGCCCCAUCCUGUGA